UCAAGCCCACUGAUCAAGUGUUAUCUACCAGUGGCACCAUGAAAUUCACCAUCGUUGCCCUCUGCUUCGCCCUCAGCCUGGCUGGCCUGACCAGCUCAGAAAAACUUUCAGACCAUGUGAACUCCCUGGAGAACCCGUACCAAUUGGUUCCAUCUUUAUGCCUGCUCUCACCUGCGAGGGGCAACUGCAACUCUCAGACUCUUCGCUACUUCUACAACACAACCUCUCGCACCUGCGAGGCUUUCAUCUACAGUGGCUGUCAUGGCAAUGGGAACAAUUUUGACUCGCUGCAAUGCUGCUUGAAGACCUGUAGACCCAACAAGAACAGGAAUGAUAAUAACUGAAGCUGAUCCUGACUGUUCUGGGAGCAGCUAGACUGCUGCAUCACUUUCUUGACCAUUCAGACCCUGAUGAUGUUGUCCUGUUUCUCCCCCUCUAUGAUUCCCUCUUCUGGUACAAUAAAGCAUUAACAGCA